AUGUUGGUUUCAAAACUAUCUUCCAGAUUGGUCCCUGGCAGUUUCUUCAGACCUGCAUGUUUGGCAAGAUCCUUUGCGACUUCGCUGCGUGUUUCGGCUGCCGCUUUCGAUCGUAAGAAACCGCACUUGAACAUUGGUACCAUUGGUCACGUCGAUCAUGGUAAGACUACUUUGACCGCUGCGAUCACCAAGACUUUGGCCAAGCACGGCGGCGCUGAUUUCUUGGAUUAUGCCGCCAUUGACAAAGCUCCUGAAGAAAGGGCUCGUGGUAUUACCAUUUCCACGGCUCACGUUGAGUACGAGACAAAGAACAGACAUUACUCCCACGUCGACUGUCCCGGUCACGCGGAUUAUAUCAAGAAUAUGAUCACCGGUGCCGCUCAGAUGGAUGGUGCAAUCAUCGUUGUUGCUGCCACUGACGGUCAGAUGCCUCAGACCAGAGAACACCUGUUGUUAGCUAGACAAGUCGGUGUGCAACAUAUUGUGGUGUUCGUGAACAAGGUUGACACCAUGGACGACCCUGAAAUGUUGGAAUUGGUUGAAAUGGAAAUGAGAGAGUUGUUGACCCAAUACGGGUUCGACGGUGACAACGUUCCCGUGAUCAUGGGUUCAGCUCUAUGUGCUUUGGAAGACCGUCAACCAGAGAUCGGUGAGCAGGCUAUCAUGAAGUUGUUGGACAGCGUUGACGAAUACAUCCCAACCCCAAAGAGAGACCUGGACAAGCCCUUCUUGAUGCCCGUCGAAGACAUCUUCUCCAUCUCCGGUAGAGGUACCGUUGUCACCGGACGUGUUGAGAGAGGUAACUUGAAGAAGGGUGAGGAAAUAGAGAUCGUCGGUCACAACUCUGCCCCAUUGAAGACCACCGUCACAGGUAUUGAAAUGUUCAGAAAGGAAUUGGACCAAGCCAUGGCCGGUGACAACGCCGGUAUCCUACUAAGAGGUGUCAGAAGAGACCAGUUGAAAAGAGGUAUGGUUUUGGCCAAGCCCGGUACCGUGAAGGCUCACACCAAGUUUUUGGCCUCUCUUUACAUCUUGUCCAAGGAAGAAGGUGGCAGACACUCUGGUUUCGGCGAAAACUACAGACCACAGAUGUUCAUCAGAACUGCUGACGUCACUGUCGUUUUGAAAUUCCCAGAGGCUGUCGAGGAUCACUCCAUGCAAGUGAUGCCCGGUGACAACGUCGAAAUGGAAUGUGAAUUGAUCCACCCAACUCCUGUCGAGGUCGGCCAACGUUUCAACAUUAGAGAAGGUGGUAAAACCGUCGGUACCGGUUUGAUUACUCGUCUUCUUGAGUAG